CCCUGGCAGCACAAAAACAUUGCUUCUACAGCUAAAUCUCAAACGUUCAGAAAAGCUUGGCUCCUCUGUGGACAUACCAUUCUAUAUUUGUUACUUGGAUGUUAUGGAUAGAAACAGCACUUACUCUCCAAUCACAUGGCCACCAAAAUUUUGGGAGCAGAUAACAAUAGCCUUCACAGUGUCCAUGGUGGUGGGACUGGUGAUUGGAGGGAUCAUCUGGGCGUUGUUCACUUGCUUGUCCCGCCGCAGAGCUAGCGCCCACAUUACCCAGGGGAGUUCCUCAUCCUUCACCCGCCGGUCCAGACCCCCGUCCCACAGUCACACUACCAGCAGGACUGGAUUUUACCGCAACAGCAGUUGUGAACGUCGGAGCAACCUCAGCCUGGCCAGCCUCACCUUCCAGCGUCAAGCCUCCUUGGAGCAAGCCAACUCUUUCCCCAGAAAGUCAAGCUUCCGUGCCUCUACCUUCCACCCUUUUCUGCAGUGCCCUCCCCUCCCUGUGGAGACGAACAGUCAGCUGAUUACCCUAACUCCCACAAACACCACCACAACCCUGGCGGCAAGCACCACCAACACCUUGAGUCGACCUGAAUUCCACUGGUCCAACAACAGCCUCCGCAUCUGCCACUCGACACAAACCCCCCCUCCCGCCUACGAAACCAUCAUAAAAGCCUUCCCUGACUCUUGAGCUAGGUCCUUGCUGCAAACAUACGUGUGCUUUUUGGGAGGAACUAUUGUCAACAGUUUUCAGUGCAUGAUGAACAUCUCUGAGAAGUCUCAGGCUGACGCUGAGGAGGAGACAUACGUUGCCUAGAGGAGGGGAGUGGUGGUUUCUUAGAGCACAUAAACCCCGCUGUCCAAGGGACCAUUUGUCCUUGCACUGCUGGCUCUCAUUUACUGCUCUGCCUUAUGCUUGCAUGUUUAUAGUGUUGUAUCCUUAAUUGUAACCACUGCAUCUUUGCUUUAGAGGAAAGAAAAUACUGCCACAUAAAAUCUAGACCAUUUCUUGAAGAAACAAGCCAUGUAAGGAAUUACAGAUACACACAUUUAUGCAAAUUUCACUAUUUCAUUAUUUUCACUAUUUUGUUUAGGUUUUUUUAAAAAAAAAACAUAGGUUUUUUUAUACAUUUUGCCAAUGUAUUAAAUUUUCAGAGAACACCUCCCAUUACCCACCUUCUUUUUAAACUACAGAAGAGUUCUGUCUCAGAAACAUUAAAUGCAGACCUUGUGGAAGAUUCAAUGUCACAGUGCUGGUUGAGGUCACAGACUGUAGAGGAUCUUAAAAGCCUCCAUGUUAAGGUUGCGUGUAUAAAAUUCCCCACAGUGUGGGAAAAAUGUUAAAAUAUAUGAAGAUUCAUGCAGAGAGAAGUUCUGAAAAUCAUACUAAAUGCAUGGUAACAAUUAUAAAAAUGCUUCUGUCUGCAGGCAGCAGAACAAGUAGUCACAUUUUAAUACCCAAUAAGGCUGCAUGGGUGCAGAACUGUUCAUGUUCCAUUUUCCUACUUCUGGUUAUCAAGAUAAGCAGGGUGAAUGGCAAGUGUUUUUUUAAUUAAGUUUCCUGUUUCACUAUGGGAUUACUCAUUUCCUUGUUUCAAAAUGUAUUUCUCAAAUUGUACCAAUGUUUAAUACUUCCUGGCAAUAUAUUCACUGAAAUCUUGUCUUUCACUAAAGAGACCUAUUGCUGAAUACUGGGAUUGUAUAAUUAGCUGUUGUAUAAAGAUAAGAAUGGAAUAUUUAGUUCGGUCUUAACACAUAUUCUUGGCUGUAAUAUAUGUACCAUGUCAAGGUAACCCCUGGCUUAGUAGAGACUAAUUGCAUUGAUGUGAAAGAAGUCCAGGAUUUGGAAAUAAUAACACAGACAAAUGGGGCCUGAUUUAAGCCUUAUUGUAUCAGUUUCCUGCUAAAUAUUUCAUGUUCAAAUAAGGGUAAAGAACUUCCACAAGUAGGGGUGCAAUCCUAUUCCUGGCUUGCAAAUGAGCCUGCUGUUACUAAAAGGUCUGGGCAGCUACCAGCUGCCAGACUCCUGAUGCUGAGAGGGCUGGUCCUGGGCUUCUGUAGGAAGAAUAAGGCCUCAUCUGUCUUCUGGCAGGGGCAAAUAUUCAUCAGGUUUUUAGAUCAGAUGAAAUGAUUAACAUCUUGCUUGCCAGGCUUUUGGAAGCUGGCAGCAUACAUGUCUUUGCAGGUCUCAGCAUCCCUCAGGAAGCAUAGGUGCUUAUCUCUGAACUGCAAUCUUUCAGCCCAAUAUCACCACUUGCAAAUAUUUCCACAAACACUGAGCAUACAGGUGUUACUUACUGUACACCACAAGUAUUCCUUAUUCCAAAGGCAAAUUACUUUGCAUGUAUUUAUUGACUGGCUUUCAUUAUUUUAUUUUUAGUGUGCAACAUUAUCCCUUCUGGAGGCAUAUAUGUCAUUGUUAGAAGAACAACCUUUUACAAAGUUUACAGAGUGCUUCACUGCAGAUACCAUGGACUCUAGCACACUGAGGACUGCUAAUAAGACUGCAAAACUGACUUUGGCUGGUUAUAGGCUAUGGACUUAAAACAAUAGUCCUCUGGAGAAGGAAAGCUGUUUUAUUUCAUUCAUUAAUAAUAUUCCUUUUUUCAUUUAGAACCUUAUUGGGCCUGGUGAACUUGGUUGCAUACACAAGUGUGUUUGCAGUGUCUUAAUUCUAGAAUAAGUGAUGCCACCUAUUCUAAUGUGCCUGCAAACAGCAGAAUUCAAGCUUGCUUCCUUUGCUUAUUGAGUGUAGCAGGCUGUUUGAAGACCCAACUCAGCCUACAGUGUGUACCCAGCUGGCCAAGACUCCAUGUUCCUUGAAAGUGAAAUUGCUUUUGAUGAGUAAAUUUUUACUCCUGGAUUGUAAAUACACAUUACAUUACAGUAGAACUUUCAAUAGCAUACUAUUACUUGCAUUACACUGUAUUUAGUAAGCAAUGUAAAAAGGGAAGAUUAAAUGUACUGUAAUUUUUACUUCCUGAAAUCUGCACCAGAUAUCAAAACAUUUUUUUUUAUGACCCUCAGAUUAAGGAGGCUGAAAACACAGAUCAUUUGGUGCAUAACCAGUAUGUCUGUCAGAACCUAACUACUGGUUUAAUCAAUGUCUGAAUUAAUAUUUUUCAAGCACUCUGGAAGUUUCAAAAUGUGAAAUGAAAUUAGAUGUUAUAAUCUCUAGCUCAUGUCUAUAAAGAUAUUUUAAGGGAAACUAUCGUCUUUAAUUAUGCAAACUCAUAUAGUUGGAAGUGUAAAUGAGGGCUUGGUCCUUCUGCUCCUGUGGGGAGAUGGUCCAUAGCUGAAGACACUAUAUGAGAUCAGCAUCAGAAUUUCCCAUGUGAGGACAUCUUCCAAGGCUUAAAAGUGAGGAUGUCUUUAACAAAUAAUACAGGUUACAGACUUUUAAAUCCACUGCCUUCCAAGUACUUGGACUUCAGUACACAAAAUGUUUGCCAAAUACUUGCUUUAAGCACAUGGGCAGUCACUGUAAGGUUCAUGCUCAAAUGGACUCAUGCACCUUUUAUUGCAUUAGGACCAAAGCACAUUGCACAGGAUCAACCCUCAAAAUGAACUGCAGGAUUCAAGAAUCAUCGAGUGUUUGAUAUGCAAAAGAUUAUACUUGCUCAUUGCGGUGGUCAUUUCUAGCCUCUUAUUACAAUUUAAAAUACUGGAAAGAAGAUAUGAACUACAAAAUAUAUAUUACUGCAGAUUUCAAGAUUUCAAAGCACUCACAAGUGAUUACUUAAGCUUUAAAAUAAUCUUGCAUUUCACACACUUUCACAGUGAGAAGCACUGACUAAAGGGUGUCCCCAGAAUCACAUAGGAAGUGAUAGACAGACCCUUGAGGAACUUCCAGAUAUCUUGACAUCUUGUGCUGAAGUGAGUGGAGCUACUUCCCCUCACUGUUAUAAGAAACACUAUUUUCUUAUUGUCCUUGUCACCAAACCAAUUGCUCCAGUUCUUGUUGCACAGAGAAGACAAAGCUUGACAGCUGUCUGGCUGAGAAUAGCAAUGUUCCAACAUAUUUACAGAAGUGGUUUGUGCUGUAUUCCUUGACCUUUUCCUCCUAAAAAAUUGCUGAUUACCUCUUCAGACAGCUACUGAUUAUCAUACUGUAACACACCAAACAUGCACUAUCUUUGCCAAAUGCAAUUUUUAAAGUUCACUUGCAAUUUACCAUGAAGUUUUUGAGUCAUCUUGACGUCCAUUCUUAAGUAUAGACUGUAAACUACAUUUACCGGAAAUAUCAUCUUAGAGGUGAAAUGACACAUGCCAGAUCCCUGAUCUAUAGGCACCUGAUAAAAUUACGUGAUUUCUAUGAUGCAGUACAGCUUCUGGGAAAAAAAAAAAAUGAAGAAAGAAAACACUAAUUGGAAAUUUACUUCUGCCAAGUCCAGAGUGGUGUAAGGGAAACAGUGCUGAUGUAACUUCACAAAGCAGAGAGCAGAAUUCUAGAAAUCAGCCUUAAAAAUGUUUUAAAACUCAGGUGAAAUACCUAUAUUUUCAUUUGGGUGUCUUAAUAAAAGUGAAUUUGUAAAGGUG